AAGCUUCACGACUCUGAGCGUUUAGCUGAUGUUUACACCGAGCGGUGGCUAUGCUAGCUGCUGUUAGCAUGCUACAUCUCUGGCUUUAGCACCGCGGGUCAUAGUUAAGGAAUUCAUCUUUAAGGAAUUCAUCUUUAAGGAAUUCAUCUUUAAGGAAUUAACGGUCACAAUGUCCUACACCUGCAUCAGCUGCCGAGUGGCUUUUGCGGACGGCGAGGUGCAGCGGGCGCACUACAAAACGGACUGGCACCGCUACAACCUGAAGCGCAAGGUGGCCGACAUGCCGCCGGUCACCGCCGAAAACUUCCAGGAGCGCGUCCUGGCGCAGCGGACCGCCGCCGAGCAGCAGCUGAGCGACGCGGCCGCCUCCGAGGGCUGCGCCCUCUGCAACAAGAGGUUCUCCAGCGCCAACGCCCACCGGAACCACAUGCAGUCCCACAAGCACCAGCAGGCCGAGAAGCAGGCGCUGCUCGCCGCCGAGAGGAAGGUGGAGAAGAUGAACGAGAAGAACCUGGAGAAGGGCCUCGGCGACGAGAAGGCGGACCGCGACGCCAGGAACGAGGCCCUGCAGCAGGCCCUGAGGGAGCAGCAGAGGCCCAGGGCGACGAGGCCCAAGGCCGAGAAGCUGGAGAAGCCCCCGAGGUUGAUGUGGCUGGAGGAGCAGGCCAAGAGGCGGGAGAAGGAGGACGGCGCCUCAGCGGUGGAAGAAGAGUGGGAGGAUGUUGACGAGGAGGAAGAUGAUGAGAUGGUGGAGGAGGAGGAGGAGGAAGAAGAGGACGAAGAAGAGGAGACGAUGGAUGAGGAGGCGGCGGGCUCGGCGGCUGGACCUGAGCCCAAAGGCGCCGACCUGCCGGGUUCGAUCCCCGUCACCGACUGCCUGUUCUGCUCCCACCACUCCAAGUCCCUGGUGAAGAACAUCGACCACAUGACCAAAGUCCACAGCUUCUUCAUCCCCGACGUGGAGUUCCUCGUCGACCUGCGGGGCCUCGUCCGCUACCUCGGAGAGAAAGUGGGCGCUGGAAACGUGUGCCUGUGGUGCAACGAGAAGGGGAGGUCCUUCUACUCGGCCGAAGCCGUUCAGAGUCACAUGACGGACAAGAGCCACUGCAAGCUCUUCACAGACGGGGACUCGGCUCUGGAGUUCGCGGACUUCUACGACUUCAGGAGCAGCUACCCGGACAGGAAGGAGGGAGAAGAAGAAAUGGACCAAGCAGAGAUCUCAGAUGACAAGAACCUGGAGUACGAUGAUGAGACGCUGGAGCUGACCCUCCCCUCAGGCGCCACGAUUGGCCACCGCUCCCUCAUGCGCUACUACAAGCAGCGCUUCGGGGCCCAGCGGGUGGUGGUUCUGAUCCGCAACAGGAACGCCGUGGGCCGGGUCCUCCGGCAGUACCGGGCUUUGGGCUGGAGGGGAGACGGAGGCUCCUUCUACCAGAAACCCAAAGACAUGCAGUACGUCCAGAGGAUGAAGUCCAAAUGGAUGCUGCGGAUGGGGAUGAACAACAACACCACCAGGCAGGAGCACUUCAGGGCCCAGGUCAUCUUCUAAACUGUGACCUGAUGGACCUGAUGGACCGGGGGGGGCGGGGGGGCCGAGGGACGGAUCCAAGAAACAAAAAGAUGAACAUCUUUCCCUCCCAACGAGACUCUCAGUACAGAUUAGAUUACAGUUGAUUUAAGUCCAGCUGGUUUGUGCCUCAAAGGCACAAAGAAUAAUCAGAAAGCUUUCUGUCUGAAGGAGAUGCAGCAAUGGGGGAGGGAGGGGGGGGGGGGG